AUGAAGUUUGGAACUAAAUGGAAAUUUAGAGAAGCUGUGAGAGAAUAUACAAUCCAAGAGGGUAGAAGCAUAAAGAUAGUGAAAAAUGAUAACAUAAGGUGCAGGACAGUGUGUAAGGUCAAAGAGUGCCCAUGGGUGGCUUAUGCAUCAAGAGACCAUGAAGACACCUGUUGGCAAAUUAAGACAUUCAAUGAUGACCACACUUGUCCAAGAGAGGACAAGAAUAGGGCUGCCAACAGGAAUUGGGUAUGCAGCAAGCUUGUGAAGAAAGUGAGAAAGUAUCCAAAUUUUAAACACUACGAAACUACAACUUACUUCAAGACACGGUUUGACUUGACACUGAAUAAAAAUUCAAUAUCCAGGGCAUUAAUGGAUGCAAGAAGUGUAGUGUAUGGGGAUGAGAAAGAGCAAUAUAAGAUGGUUAGGGAUUAUGGUAUGACGCUGUUGACGACUAAUCCCGGUUCCACUGUACAAAUAUGCACCACCCCCCAACCAGAUGGUGAAGUUACCUUUGAUAGAAUGUAUAUAUGCUUAAGUGGCUGCAAAAACGGGUUUAAGGCUGGUUGCCGUCCUUUGAUAGGUCUGGAUGGUGCUUUCCUGAAGACACGGUUUGGUGGCCAGAUUUUGUCAGCCGUGGGAAGCUUAUUCAGCCAUAAGCCGAAGUUGGAUAGCAUCUGUAACAACGCCUGCGAAGUGUUCAAUGCUAAGAUCAAGGAUGCACGAGCCAAACCCAUCAUAACAUUGCUGGAGGAGGUAAGGAUGUUUGUUAUGCGUACCAUAGCGAAAAAUAAGGUAAAGCUGCAGAAUCACACUGGGAAGCUCACACCUGUUAUAAAGAGCAGGCUGGAAAAGGUUAGGAAAGAAUCCAAGCAUUGGAAGCCAAUUUGGACUGGGGAUAACAGAUACGAAAAAUUUGAGGUGCACGGACAUCCAACUAACCAUGUUGUGGACAUAGGAAAAAGAUUGUGCACAUGCCAAUUUUGGAUGCUAACGGGUAUUCCGUGUGUGCACGCUUGUGCUGCCCUCUCUCGUGUGAAUAAGCAGCCAGAAGACUUCUGUCACAGAUGGCUGACCAUGGACUCAUACAGGGAAACUUAUAACCACCACAUUAAUCCAAUUUCGGGUCAACCAAUGUGGGAAAAAGCAGAGGACUGUAACAGGCCACAUGCCCCUAAAAUCAAGACAACAUUCCAUCAAGAAGCAGAUUUUUACAACUGUUGA